AUGGCACACAAUUAUUAUCCACCACAAAUAGGCAACUGGUGGCUCGGCGACAAUCUGGGGUCAGGUUUCUCUGGAUCCAUCUUCCGCGCCACAAACCUACACACGGGCCAAGUUGUCGCGCUGAAAAUCCAGCGCCUAAACGCCGAAUGUCCUACGAACAGCUAUGAGCGCCACUUCUACCCCGCGCUGCAGGGCGGACUGGGGAUGCCGACGCUGUGGGCGGACGGCACGUAUGGCAAGUGGGACUACCUCGCCAUCGACCUGCUCGGCCCCAGUCUCGACUCGCUCUUUCGGCGGAGCGGGAAGGCGGUCAUGGACCUGCGCAGCGUGUGCUGCAUCGGGAUGCAAGUGAUCAAUAGAUUGGAGUUCAUGCAUUCGCGUGGCGUGUUGCAUCGUGAUAUCCAGCUUGGGAACUGCGUCGUCGGGCUGCCGCCAAACGACAAGAUUAUCUACAUGAUAGACUUUGGCUUCUCGAAAUUCUACAUCGAUCCUGCUACGAAGCGCCAUAUACCAGACAGCAAGGUGAAGCGCGACUUCAUAGGCAACUAUUGGUUCACCUCCGUGGGAGUACAUUGCAGAGGCAGAGUACCCUCCCGCCGAGAUGAUCUCGAGGCCGUGGCGCUGAUGCUCAUACACCUCCUCACUCCCGGUGGCCUCAGCUGGACGCGGAAUGGCGUCCCAAGAACGGACGCUGCGCACGACCGCCUCAUGCGUGAGAAGCGCGAUACCCGCCCCGAAGACCUCUGCUGUGGUCUGCCAGCAGAAUUCGAGGAGUUCCUCCGUUACUGCCGCCGAUUGAAAUUCGCUGAGUGCCCUGAUUACUCUCGCUGGAUCGAGGAAUUCAAGGCUCUCUUGGAGUACAAGGGACAACCUACCAGUUCGCUCUUCAUCUGGCCGCCGCCAGAUCCACAACCUAUAGUGCAAGCUCCGCCAGCGCGACGCUCGCAACCAGUUGAUCCUGCAAAGGUGGAGGGAAUCCUCAACGGCCUGGUCAACGACAUGGCAAACGUGCACCUGGGCGAACGCCAGGUGCUGGGUGACCGCAGCGAAGUCGCCAACAGAGUACGUGUGACGAACGCCAACGCACCCGCAGCACCGACAGGGUAUGCGGACGACGUCAUCGUCAUCAGCAGCGACGACGAGAACGCUCCGGGUAAGGCGCCGGCGGCGGUGCGGCUGCCGAAGGCCAUGCAUCUCGCAAAACUUGCGCAAGCGGUGCCUGACGCGACGGACAACGUCGCGCUCGCGCGGGUGGUGCUCGAGUUCAUCCAAGUGCUGCAGGAGAACCGGUCGCGCACACUGACGAAGGAGGGGUUCGCGGUGCUGGACGCUCUGUACAAGCAGAUGGCGGACCCGUCGGUGUACGUGCAGCCGCUGCGCACGUCGCGGCCGCGCAACAGCGCCGCGGACGGCGUGGAGGAAGGGCCCGAGCCGCGGCAUGUGAAGACGAACAAGCUGUGGACUCUGCGGCGGAAUGCGGCGGCGGCGAAGAGCAACAAGGCGCUGGCACAGCUGGUGGCGGAAUUUGGGACUGUCAUCAAUCGCAGCAGCGGGCGCACCGUCACGAAAGACGCGUUCGGAUUCCUGGAUGCGUUGUCGGGGAGGUUGAGAUCUCUGGGCUAG